AUGUUCACCCCUGGAGCCUUGUUAUCCGUGAUUUGCAUCUCUUUCUGGGUAUCACCAUGUCUUGCGGCCUUCAGCAGUAAAGGGAUGAACAACGUGGUGGCUUAUUAUGGCCAAGGGAGCAAUCAGCGACCGCUCGCCGCACUUUGUGGAGAUGACAGUAUAGAUAUCAUUAUCCUGUCGUUUGUCCAUCUAUUCCCAGCUCAAGCCAAUGGCUACCCCGGCUUGAAUUUUGGGAACCAAUGCUCGGGUGAGAAGUAUCGCGGUCCGGGUUACAAUGGAAUCAAUGAUCCCUCCAAGGACGCACUCCUCAAAUGCCCUAGUAUCCAACGCGAUCUCAACUUUUGUAGAUAUGCGACCCCCCAGAAGAAGAUUCUUCUCUCCUUGGGCGGCGGUACCGACGCAUAUCAGUUGACUGGAGCUUCCGACGGCGUCAACCUGGCGACUCAGUUAUGGUACAUGUUCGGCCCCAGGAAUCAGACAAUGGUAGACGCAGGCAUUCCGCGCCCGUUCGAUUACAGAGGCGGCGGCUUCAUAGUCGAUGGCUUCGACCUGGAUAUCGAGCACCCGCCAGUUGACGGUGGAGCAGGUUACAUUGCUCUGUCCAAGACGCUUCAGAGCUUCUUCAAGCAGGCCCUGCCCGUGAAAUACUACUUGACCGCUUCCCCUCAGUGCGUCAUACCGGAUGCAAACAUGAAGGACAUCAUCGCGGCAAUUCCCUUUGACUUGCUCUUCAUCCAAUUCUACAACACGUACACCUGUUCGGCCAAGAGGUGGGCACGACUCAACCCCAGCUACACAAGUGGUGGCUCAUUUGCGAAUGCAGGCUUCACCAUCUUCCAAUGGACAAGCUACCUUGCGGCUACAACUAGCAAGGACGCGAAGAUCUUCCUUGGUCUGACGACGGUUGGGACGACACCUGACUACACUCUGACGAUUCAAGAAACGGCAAAUAUUGCCAACGCAUACUCUUGCAACUCGAGCUUUGCUGGCGUAUCGAUAUGGGAGGCCGAGUCUGCCUUCAACAGAACAUCCGGCUUUCGAAACUACUUCCAAAACUUGAAGCCUGCCCUCAUUCAAGCUGUACUAGGGGCAAAAGAAUGCUCAGCCAAAACGGCCAAUGUGGUUCCGUUGAGGGAACACGUUGUCCCCAAGACCCUUUUCCUCUUUGUUGCAGCGCAUUCGGAUAUUGCUCGCCACCAGGUUCUGAUCUUCCAGAUGCCUGGUGUGGGGCGGGCUGCCAGUCUGCCUAUGGGACAUGCAAGCAGGCUUUGUCCACUUUGGCCGAGUCGGUCAGAUUAG